AUGUCGCAGCAAUCACUAAGUUAGGUUUCAUAACACAGUCAACAACAACAACACUAGAAUUAGUAACCAGGACAGAAAAUAGGAAGCUCGAUAGAAGACAUCACACAAGACUUGGAGGAAUUAUUCGAAUCUCUAAAGAUCGAGAAGCAAGGAUAGCAAGUCGAUUAGAUUGAGAAGUCUACCUUGUUGGCUUUACUGCUCUAUUUGAACAUUGACAAAUCAGAGACUCAAUUUUUUAAUUAUGUUGUUAGAACAUUAGAUCAAUUGCAAUCAACUACUCUAAAUAAGGAGCAAUUCAAAACUUUGUUUUUGGAUCCUCAAAUCAAUACAGACAAUUUGAAAAGCGAAGAGUUUGCAUAAAUUUUUAGUGUUUUCGAUUUACAGAAAAAAGGAUCAUUUAGUGCUGAAGAUUUCUUGAGGUUGUAUAAGGAGACAUCUGAAUACUUGAAUCUAAAUGAGAAUUAGAAACAAUAAGUGGAGGCAAGGAUAAAAAAGGAUUUUGAAAUUAUCAGCCCUGAACAUAAGGAAAUUACACCUAUUGAAUUCUUUAAGAUAAUCAAUAAUUAAGGUUGAUUCUAAUAUUGAAAUGAAAAUUAAUUCCAAUAUAUCAUUAUUUA